CAACAGCGUCGGUGACAAGUUGGAUAGUCCUAUAGCCAAACUUGCUUGAUUGUUCACCAUCUCUCCACUCAAUGUUCAGUAUGAGUACAAUCGGGAGUGCCAGGACAUAAAAAUUCGAGUUUAAAAAGUCAUAGUAUUCACUGGCUGUACACUUGGUGACGAAAUCGAAGCGAUUUUUUUUUACUCUGGUUCUUUCACUUUGCAAAGGGAAAUACUAAGUUCGACGAACUGAAAAGCGCGUAUGGAAGCUUUUCCUGGGGAAAUAAUAAAAUCGACUUACAAAGAAGCUAACGUAGUGUCCAAGUUUGACUAGUUUCGUCACCUCUCUAAAAACAGAAAUCUCAGUGCAUGGACUGGACUUCGUCCACUCGACGGCGUUAUCGGUGCAGUACAUCCUAACGCCUUAUUUAUUGGAAUAAUAAUAAUUCUCAUUACUCGACAAUAUGCUGUCAUCAGUGGACGGAGAUUUUCUCCAUCCCAAGGUGAAGGAGGAAGAGAAAACAUUGGUCUCAUGUUUCGGAAAAACGAGGAAAAGCAGAAUGGCCGAUGAGAGUGAUUUCAUUCUAACGAAGAAUCCAUAUCACAAUCAGGUGUACGAGGACGCGUACAAAAAAUCAAUGGAGUCGCCGGAGGAAUUCUGGGCUGAUGUAGCCCAAUGCGUUGAAUGGAACAAGCCCUGGGACAAAGUUCUUGACAAUUCAAACCCACCCUUUACAAAGUGGUACGUGGGUGGCGAAAUAAAUGCCUGUCACAAUGCAGUUGAUCGUCAUGUGAAUGCUGGAAAUGGGAAGAAAACAGCACUCAUACAUGACAGCCCCAUGACCUCAACCAUUCGCAAAGUGACAUACGAGGAACUUUUGAACAAGACUUCGAGACUUGCUGGCGCUCUAGCUGAUAUGGGGGUGAGAAAAGGCGAUCGUGUACUUAUUUAUAUGCCACUGAUUCCUGAAGCUAUUAUCGCUGUUCUUGCUACCGCACGGCUUGGAGCAGUACACUCGGUUGUUUUUGGUGGCUUUGCCCCGAGGGAAUUGGCAACGAGGAUUGAUCAUGCCGAGCCCAAGGUUCUCAUUGCCGCUAGUUGUGGAUUGGAGCCUACAAAAAUUAUCAAAUAUACCAAAAUGAUUGACGAAGCUUUAGAUCUCAUAUCUGUGGAAAAGCCAAAAUGCAUUGUGUUUCAACGGAGAAAUGUGUGGGAGGCGCCUUUAUCAAAUGGCCAAGAGGAUUUUGAGGAGUUGUUGAACAGAUCCGAGCCCCAUCCGUGCGUUCCAAUCGAGGCGAAUGAACCCCUCUAUUUACUCUACACAUCCGGAACAACGGAUAAGCCGAAGGGGGUGCAAAGACCUGUUGGUGGGCACAUUGCUACGCUCUGUUGGACCAUGAAGGUCUUGUAUGGGAUGGAUAAAAACUCGAUCUGGUGGGUAGCUUCUGAUCUCGGUUGGGUUGUUGGACUAUCGUAUAUCUGUUAUGGUCCUCUUCUUUAUGGCGCUACUAGUGUCAUGUUCGAGGGAAAACCUGAUAGAACACCUGAUGCUGGACAGUAUUUUAGGAUAAUUGAAGAGCAUGGAGUUAAUGCGUUAUUCACUGUACCCAGUGUAUUUAGAGUUCUUCGAAGGGCAGACCCAGAAACGAAAUUGGGGAGGAAAUAUUCGACGAAAACAUUGAAGACGAUUUUCGUUGCGGGUGAGCACUGCGAUUGUGAAUCGAAAGCCUGGGCAGAGAAGAUAUUCAAAGUACCAAUAUUGAAUCACUGGUGGCAAACAGAGACAGGUCACGCUAUAACUGCCACUUGUGUUGGUUUUGGACCAAAUUUAAAACCACCGCUAUAUACCACAGGAAUGCCCUUUCCCGGAUACGAUGUUCACAUUCUCAGGGAGGAUGGGAGUUUAGCUUCGUCUCGUGAACUCGGUAGAAUCGCCGUUAAGCUACCACUCCCUCCUGGAACAAUGUCUACUCUUUACAAAGCAGCAGACAGAUUCAAAGAUAUUUAUUUCUCUAAAUAUCCAGGGUAUUACGAUACAAUGGACGCAGGAUAUAUCGACGAAAACGGAUAUGUCUACGUCACAGCGAGGGACGACGAUGUAAUCAAUGUUGCGGGUCACAGGAUCUCGACAGCAGCACUUGAAGACGUCGCCCUAGGCCAUCCUGACGUCGUGGAUGCUGCUGUUGUCGGAGUCCCUGAGCAGACCAAGGGAGAAGUUCCAUUGUGUCUAUAUGUCAUGAAGGAUGAGGCAACGAAGAAUGAGGAGGAGAUUAGCCAGGAGCUCAUAAGUCGAGUGCGACAGUUGAUAGGACCCAUAGCGUCUUUCAAACUAGCUGGAGCUGUUAAGGGGCUGCCUCGAACGCGCUCUGGGAAAAUUAUUCGCAAGUCUAUUGCCGAUUUGGCACGGUCGAGAGACUUUGAACUGCCUGCCACAAUUGAAGAUCCCACUGUAUACAUCGAUAUUAAACGGGUUCUUCAAAAAUUGGGAUACGCUAAAUCCGGGCAAAUUUACGGUAAUUAAUUAAAUAUAUAAUUUUAUGUUGAUAGAGAAGAUGAAUUUCUCCAAAAAAAAAACUACAAUUAAUUGCAACAAUGAAUUAAUAACUGUCUAUCUGUAUGAAACGUUUUUCUUUAUUCUUCCGUUGUUGUUGGGCAUGUGCCCACAAUAUGAUAGACAAUGUUAUAAAUAGACAUUUUCACUGUUAAUAAAAAAUAACAAUUAA